UAGUUAAGAAGAGUCUCUCUCAAUUGCCUUGAAAAUUAGAAAAAAAGAUGAGAGUGAGGAAGCAAAAACGACAUAGGAGGGCGGUGAGAUUCUACGUAACAUGUUAUGGGUUUAGGCAGCCGUAUAAGAUUCUAUGUGACGGGACAUUCGUGCAUCACCUUAUCGUGAAUCGGAUUGCUCCUGCGGAUGAAGCUCUUGCUAAUAUACUUGGUGGCCCUGUCAAGCUUUUCACAACUAGAUGUGUUCAUGCGGAGCUCAAAAGGCUUGGUAAAUCAUAUUCUGAAUCUCUACAGGCUGCUCAUUUACUCAUGACAGCAAGAUGUGAUCAUGAGAAGGUAAAGAGUGCUGAAGCUUGCAUUUUGGAAGUUAUUGGACAAAAUAAUCCUGAGCACUUUUUUGUUGCCACUCAGGAUUUUGAUUUGCGGAAAAAGUUCCGGGAGGUCCCAGCUGUCCCUCUUAUAUUUGGUCUGAGAAAUUCCUUACACCUUGAGCCACCAUCUGCGUUUCAACAUGCGUUUGUCAAAGCUUCUGAAGAAGAGCGCUUACAUGCGACUGAGUUAGAACAGAAAAUGUUAAAAACCACGACCAAGAGCAUAUUGGGACAUGAGGGUGAAAUUGAAGGUCCAAAAGAUCAAAAUCUUGAAAUGCAACCUGUUGAAAAGAAGCACAGUGCAAGAAAUAAAACGGAUGUCAAGGAUAGACCUCAAUUUAAAAGGAAAAGAGCCAAGGGACCGAAUCCACUUUCUUGCAAGAAGAAAAAGAAGGAUGGAAACCCAAAGCCUUCAUUAGAUAAAGAAACUAAUGUUAGUGACAAUCCUGUGAGAAGCAGGGGCAAGAAAAGAAAGAUUGCGAAAGGAAAAGCACUUGCUGAGGUGACCAGCGCAUAGUUCUAGGCGAAUUGGUGAAGCUUUGAAGUUUGUCUUGCAUUGGAGUAACAUAAUUAUAUUGAUCAACUUGAUGCAAGAUAUGGCCUAAUGUAACUGCUGGUCUGAAAGAUGAGAUGUUUCAAGUUAUAUAUAUUAAUUUUUUUUACCCA